AUGUCUUUCUUAACAAGGAAAAUAGAAGAACGUAAUAAGCUUUUACUGAUUUUUAUUCACGGCUUUAAAGGAGACGACAAAACAUUCUUGGAUUUUCCAGAACGCCUUCAAAGAAUCCUAACAGAAUCAAGACAUGAGAUAGACACAGAAUCGAUAAUAUAUCCACGGUAUGAAACGAAAGGAGAAUUAAAAGCCUCCGUAGGGUUGUUUUGUAAUUGGCUGGAAAAAACAGUUAGAGUACGUGAAGAAGAAAUUAAAAGACUUGACCAAAGAGGGGUAGUUUGGGUUUGUCUGUGUGGGCAUUCGAUGGGCGGAAUUUUAGCCGCAGAUACAAUUAUCAAAUAUGAAUCACAAUCAGCUCCUAAGCCAAACAUAAUUGGAUUAUUCGCUUUUGACACGCCGUAUUAUGGCUUAGAAAAAGAUUUAUUUCCGAAACUUGUAGUAGAUAGAACUUAUGACUUAAAUCAGAAAUUUAAUAAUGCCUACUCAACAUUUGCGGGAGUUGCGACGACUGCAGGGCUCAUGUCAAGUUUUACAUCCACUAAAUCUACUUCUGAUACACAAUCAAGUGGAUAUGGCAAAUUGUUGGGUUAUGGUAUAGGUUUAGUAGGUGCGGUAGCAGUAGCAGGAACUGUUGUUGCGCAGAAAGAAAAAAUUGAAUGUUGGAUUAGAGAUCAUUUGCAAUAUGUUGGUGUAUUGUGGAAUCAAGAAGAGUUGGAAAAAAGGGUGAAUGAUUUAAUAGAAUUGUCAAAUUUUUAUUUCCAUUGUUAUUACACAACGAUACCAUCAAACGUUUUUUCCUCGGAACGUACAUUUAUCAAACCACCUCCACCAGAGGUGAAGUCAUAUUUCACACCAGUCAAAUGUACAGCAUCAGAUGAAGUUGACGCCCACACCACCAUGUUUGACCCCACGCGAGAACAAUAUUUUACUCUUGGUAGUGUUAUUUACCAAAGGAUAACUGAAAUGUUGGUAAUGGCAGAAAAGUAG